CAAAGAAGUGCUGGACAUCAGCCCGGGUAUCGAGCACAUGGGUGGCCUGCGGUGGCAGCUGCUGCUGUGUCUACUAGCCGCUUGGGUCAUCGUCUUCCUGUGUCUCAUCAAGGGAAUCAAGAGCUUGGGCAAGGUUGUAUACGUGGCCGCCACGCUUCCAUACAUCGUGCUCACCUGUCUCCUGAUCCGUGGGUGUCUCCUACCUGGGGCAGUAGACGGCCUUCACUUCUUCAUGGUGCCAGACUGGAGCAAGCUGGCCGAGUUUGAGGUAUGGCGAAGUGCGGCGACCCAGGUGUUUUUCUCCAUUGGGCUGGGGUUUGGUAUCUUGUCCACUCUGGCAAGCUACAACAAGUUCCACAACAAUUGCUACAGAGAUGCCCUAAUAUUGCCAGUGCUCGACUGUUUCACCAGUGUCUACGCCGGAAUGGUCAUCUUUGCCUACCUGGGGUACAUGGCCCACAGCUCAGGCAAGAGCAUCGACAGUGUGGUGGAUGAGGGGCCAGGACUGGUCUUCAUUGCCUAUCCCGCCGCCCUAUCUACUUUGCCACUCCCCCAGCUUUGGUCAGCUCUCUUUUUCCUAAUGCUUUUCUCUGUGGGACUGGACAGUCAGUUCGCCCACAUUCAGACCUUGUGUACAGCUAUCAUAGACUGCUUCCCAGGUCACGCCCUGACCUCUAGGAAGACUUUACUUAUGGGGUCAUUAUGUGUGGUCAGUUUUGGGCUGGGGAUUCCCCUCACGUUGCAGGGCGGCUCCUAUGUCCUUAACCUCAUGGACUGGUAUGUUGCCAGCAUGUCCGUGAUGCUUCUUGUGUUCUUCGAGAUCGUCACCUUGGCCUGGAUUUACGGCACAGACCGGCUGUACGAGGAUGUGGAGGCCAUGAUUGGGCACCGGCCUUCUGUGAUCUACAAGUUGGCUUGGAAGUUCGUCACUCCUGUCUUUGUCCUGGUAUUGUGGACAAGCGGAAUAACCAGCUUCCGAAAUAUUGGCUCUGUUUAUCCCGGUUAUCCCCCUUGGGCGGAUGUGCUGGGACUUCUGAUCGCGGUUCUGUCCCUUGUUCCCAUUCCUAUCAAGAUGGUGUGGACACUGGCGAGUCUGGAAGGAAGCUUGUUGCAGAGAGUAAAGACAUCUAUAAAACCCAGUGAGUUGUGGAGACCAGCCAAGCCUGACAGUCUCGAUGUGGAGCUGGAGAUGUUAAAUAAAUCAGUUUAG